CACUGCAGAACUGCAGCGUCAUCCUAAAUGACGUCGUGGGUCAGUUCAAACAGAAGAUUCAGGAGAGCGCGGCUGUAGACCCGGAAGCUUUUGAGCUAGAAAGAACGCAGAGCAGCUCAUCCAUCGAGUGCAGCUCGUCCGACGACGUGGACGAAGAAAUCGACGUCGGGUUCCACGACGUGGAGCCUGUCAAGGGCCGCAAAGCCGCUGUGGCGCUCAACAACGACGUGACGGAGCGAGUACAGAAUGCGCUGAGGGACGACGAAGAGUUUGAGAGAUUCAAGGCCAACGCUCUCGAGUAUGGUAUGGGCCAUGAGUCGGCUGAGAGCUUCUACGCCUACUUGGCGCAGCAGAUCCCAGCUCCAGUGCUGGACUCGAUCGUUGUGGACUUUGCACGGCUACUGCCUCAACCAGCUCUAAGAGUACCGUUAUUGAAGGCACAUUAUGAACACAUGCAGAACGAACUGUCUAGACCGAGCAUCGCCACGUUCAAGAACAAGAGCUACAGUACUGUAGUGACGUCUAGGUCGUCAACGUCCUCAAGUAUCGACGAAGCUGGCAGCAGCGAUGAAGAAGACGAAGAGUAUCCGUCAACGAUUCGACUGCGGACGUUCAACCACCUCGUUUUCGUCAUUCACGGCAUUGGACAACACAUUGACUUCCGUGAUGGAGAGUUCAAGUCGUGGAACGGAGAGACGGGCGUCGAAGGCGGCAACCACGCCUUCAGAGACAUUUUCCGCUCGAUGCUGGAAACAACAUUCCAAGAUAUCCCCCUGGCACUGGAAAUGCAGUCGAUCGAGUGGCACGAAGACCUCCACGAUCCAACGGGCCUAGAUAACGUUUUUGAUUUGAUCUCUCCAGAAGGAGCCUCAGCUAUUCGCGAGUUCAACAAGGAAACCUUUAUGGACGUGCUGUACUAUCUGUCGCCACGUUAUGGACAACUGGUUGUAGAUUCAGUCACUCAACAACUCAACGAGAAAUAUCGCGUCUUCAUGGACGAGCAUCCAGGGUGGGAUGGAAAGGUUUCUAUCUUCGCCCACUCUCUGGGCUCUAUGAUUUCUUACGACCUCCUAACGCACAAGCCGGGUGAGGUAGCCAUCAACGGUGUGCGAUUCUCUGGCCUUGACUUCGAGAUUGACAACUUCUUCGGAGUCGGUUCUCCGGUGGGAAUAAUGAUCUUGGCAAGAGGAGAUCUCAACAUCGAGGACGGAGAGUUUACCCCAGGAAUCAAAAUGCCGCACUGUCGUCGAUACUUCAAUGUUUACCACCCGAUCGACCCCAUCGCAUACCGUAUCGAGCCGUUAAUUAAGCAAGAAAUGCAUGACAAGGAUCCCGUACAAUUGAUGCAGUUUAGUGCCGUCAAGGACCACACGUUUGGUCAGCUGCAGGAGCAAUGGGAAGGAUUGAAUGGCCCGGUGCACGGAUUCCCCUAUCGUCAUGACUACGCGCUGCGGCGUCGGAAGCGCGAGCAAGGCAUGAUGGAAGUAGCUUUUGCUGCUGCCUCCCAUUCAUCGUACUGGAUGAGCGACGACGUCGUCCUCUUCACCAUCAUGCAGCUGUGUCAGCCGGUGGUUGAUACUUUGCAUCGAUACAUGAGUGCCCGCGUCCCUCUUCCUAAACUCAUGAGGAGCAUUGUGGAGCUUACACCUCACACCAAGGUGUUGCUGUCGGCGACCGCUCUCGUUCGCGACCGAUGCACUGGUCUUUCGCGCGAGCAGAUUGUUUUGAUUGACAAAGAUCGUCUCUACUUCUUGUCUCGACUCAGUGAAGUCGCCUGUCGUCGGAAGUGGCGAAUCCAACUGACGGCGACGACGAAAGCUGUGUACGGCGAAGACUCGUUCAUGAUGAAGAUCAUUCCUAGUGAGGCUGCUGCUCCCGAACCAGGCGCCCCACCAACAUCAAAUAACGCCUCUCAGCCCGGAGUGCACAUUUUUAAGGCCCCGUCGACACCAGUGCGCAACACAUGGAUGGAUGCUAUCAACGAAACAGUCGUGAAGGCCACCAGUGCGCUCGCCGACGAGUUACCUGCUGACAAGGCCCCCAGAGACACAGCCAACCUCGUCGAUCUCCCGACUGGUAAGAGCAUGGACUAUUUCAAUGCCAUCAAGGCUGGCUUCCUAAAGGAGAAGACCGCAAACGGGUGGUACGAUUCGUGGAAUGACCGGUGGCUUGUUCUUCAAGAAGACCACUUGUCGUGCUACGAGAACUCGCCCAAAUUGGACUUUGUUGGGCAAUUUUUACUUCGGACGACGAAGGCGUUCUGCUACGAACGCGAGUAUCUUAUCCGAGUGGUAGCUCGUCGUGGAGCAGCGUGUGAGAUGCGCGUGCAGAACCAAGAAUCGUUUAACCGCUGGGUGGAAGUAUUUGAGAGAAUCCCUGCGGUCGAGAUCUUCCGCCACAAGGAUUUAUUGGAGAACAGUCCGUCCUCAGUGCUGAUCAUGACUGAAAGUUCGCGGGGGCACUUUAGUGGGGCCCAGAAGAAGAAUAAGGGAGGUGAAUGGCUACAGACGAAGAUCGAAGGACACCAGAUUAAACUCGAUGAGAACGACCAAGAGUAUGUCGCGUUUGUCAUCCAAGUGGCGUCCUCAACGGCAGGCCACAGUAUCGUUCAACGGCGAUAUUCAGAGUUUGCCAAGCUGCAUCGCGAGCUGCGGAAGCUGUUCCAACCUGAGCAGCUCCCAGCGCUACCUGGGACUAGAAUGUGGAACAAGUUCGAACCCAACUAUUUGAAGCAGAAAGCGAUUGGUCUUCAUGGAUAUCUGAAUGAGGUAUGCAAGCGGUGUGCUAACAGUCGUGCUCAACCAUUGCUGCUGGACUUCCUUGAGCUCGCACAGCCAGCUCCUACAGAACCAAAAGAGCCUCCGGAAGAGGAACACACUGAAAAGAAUUAA